GCUGUUGCCUGGGAGAUAGCUCACUGGAGGCAGGGCUCUACAAAAUAAUCUGUCUGCAUUCAGCCUCAUUUGAACACAUCUGUGCUGAGUCAUAAUGGCCAUGACUGCCCCCGAGGAAAACUACUCUACUCUCUUUGAAAGGACAAAGUUGUUAGAGUGGUGUGUGGAGUUUUACCACCAGAUCCCUGAGCCAUCAUGGCAAGAAACAGGCCUGGCAUCUUUGGCAGGAGCUGAGCUAGAAGAAGAAGAAGAAGAAGAAGAAGAAGAAGAAGAAGAAGAAGAAGAAGAAGAAGAAGAAGAAGAAGAAGAAGAAGAGGAAGAAGAAGCAGCAGCAGCAGCAGCACCACCACCACCACCACCACCACCACAACAACAACAACAACAAUAACAACACAUUGUGGUUCAUGGUUCGUGUUUAAUAUGUGGUUCCUGGUGGCAAUCUAUGAUGAUGUUGAUCACCAUGGCAAUAGGCAUCACAGCUGUCUACAAGUAGCAAAUACAAAGAGCCUAUAUGAAAGACAUUUUGGUUCAUCUGAAAGUUGAUGUGUGGGGCAAUUCUUUGGGGGUAAAGAUGUCACUCUGGGUAGUAUGAGAAUUACAGAAAAGGUGACUGCUCCCAAGAUGGAUUGCUGCUCCUCUAAGAACUCUCGGAAUCAGCAGAAAACCCUAGGCUGGCCUUCACUUUCCCCUAGGCUCCAGAAAUGAGUGAUAGACAGUUAGGAUUUGGGCUCUAAGGUGAGCACAAGGAAGUAUCAUGGAAGAAAUAGAGAAAAUCUCAUUUGCUGGGUAACAAUGUCAGGGCAAGCAUCUGUACAGCCCACAUCUUCAAGAUCCUGUAGCAAAUGCAAGGUCACUUCUCUGUCCCUAAGAGGAGUCACCUAAGGUGAUGCCAACUCAACUUCCCCUCAAAAGAAUGUCCAUGUCACUUACUGAAGGAGCUGGAUUCAUUUGGAGUGUUAGUGGGAACUCUACAGGCAAAGAGCUGUAUGGGCAAAGGGUAUGUGAAUAACUUCCCAGGUAUCUUUUAAGUGCUGGGGAUUGAAGCCAGAGUCUUAAUCUGUGCUAAGAAAGGGCUCUGCCACUGAGUUAUAUCCCAAAGUUCUUAGAUAUCUUCUAGAAGCAAGUAUCCAUCACUGACCAUGAGUUAGAGUCUUUGCAUAAAGCUAGCUGCUUCCAACCAGUAAGAGUGACUGCACUGUGGCCUCCUGGACCAAACAUAUCCUCACCAUGACUCCAGAACGGGGUCUAACAAAAAUACCUGCCUCUUUGGUUCUCUAGUUAGUUUGCACUGCAAAAGUUUCCAGAACCAACAGCCAGCUGGUCCUUAGAGAAUGGGGUCUCCACUUCCCUGAAUUCCAGAUACUUUCAAUAUUAUCACCACAUGCACUGUCAUGAUGGCCAUUGGACCCAGAGAUGAAAGUAGAUGUGGAAAAAGACAAAGUUGCUGCUGCUGCUGCUGCUGCUGCUGCUGCUGCUGCUGCUGCUGCUGCUGCUGCUGGUGGUGGUGUGUGUGUGUGUUUUGUUUUGUUUUAUUUGCACACACACCCAAACUAGAUUGAUUGAGGGGGCAUCUUGCCUCAGCCAUAGAGUGAAGCAGACAGACCCAUACUCACAACUGAGGACAGAACAUUACGAUAACCUUUCCCGUCAAUCAGAGCCCCACAAUAACAUAAGAAACUAAAAUGUGUUGAGUCCAUUCUGCUUGCCUGACCCCAGGUUAAGUGUUUUAUAUUAUCUAUUUUCAUACUAGUCUGGCAUGGUGCUAUUAUCUUACUCAUUAAACUUUUACAAAGCA